AUGACGCACCAAAUAUCGUUUUUCUAUGUAUGCUUUGCACUUGUUACACCCCUUGUAUUUUCAUUUUCAACAUCAAAUAUCAACAACAACGAAAUUGAACUACAACCAUCAUCGCAUGCUCGACCAUCAUCAUUGUUCCAUGAUGAAAAUGAAUCAUUAAUUUCAUCUAUUUAUAAUGCAUUACAAUAUCCUAUUUUGGAUGAUCAAGAAGAAUAUGCUAACAUGGUUUCUUAUCCGCAUACAAGAAAAUUACAUCAUACACAACCCGUUGUACAUCUUCAAAAGAAAGCAGCCGAUUUUGAGCGUAUCAUUAAACCAUGUAAUCAAAUGCCAUUAACAAAUCGUGUUAGUGAAUAUCAGGAUUGUGUUCGAUCACGAAUGAUGUUGCUUGGUAAACGAAAACGCCGAAAUUUGUCACGAUAA